CCUCCCUUCCUCUCUCCCUCCCUCAGUCCGUCCGUUAGUGGGUCCUGCUGCCCCAGGCGCCGGCGCCCCAGCCGCCCGCUGGCCCCCACCCGGGGUGCGUCCCUGCUAACCCCUGCCACCUUAGCGUCCCCGCCGAGUCGAGGCGAGGGGGCUGCGAGCAGGAGAAGGUCGCAGGCCCCUAGCCGCAGGAUGGUGGCGGGGCUGUCUCUGGCCCGCAGUCCCGGGAGCUGGCUAGUCCCUGGGCUGUGGCUGCUGGUGCUUAGCUGUCCUGGGGGGCUGGUGAGCGCCCAGGAGCAGCCCUCCUGCAGAGGAGCCUUUGAUCUCUACUUCGUUCUGGACAAGUCUGGGAGUGUGGCAAACAACUGGAUUGAAAUUUACAAUUUUGUCCAGCAACUUACAGAGAGAUUUGUGAGCCCUCAAAUGAGAUUAUCUUUCAUUGUGUUUUCUUCUCAAGCAACCAUUAUUUUGCCAUUAACUGGAGACAGGGGCAAAAUUAGUAAAGGCUUGGAGGAUUUAAAACGUGUUAGUCCAGUAGGAGAGACAUACAUCCAUGAAGGACUAAAGCUAGCAAAUGAACAAAUUCAGAAAGCAGGAGGCUUAAAAACCUCCAGUAUCAUAAUUGCUUUGACAGAUGGUAAGUUGGACGGUCUGGUGCCAUCAUAUGCAGAGAGAGAGGCAAAGAUAUCCAGGUCAUUUGGGGCUAGAGUUUAUUGUGUUGGUGUCCUGGACUUUGAACAAGCUCAGCUGGAAAGAAUUGCCGAUUCCAAGGAACAAGUCUUCCCUGUCAAAGGCGGAUUUCAAGCUCUUAAAGGAAUAAUUAAUUCUAUACUAGCUCAGUCAUGCACUGAAAUCCUGGAACUGCGGCCUUCAAGUGUCUGUGUAGGGGAGGAAUUUCAAAUUGUUUUGAAUGGAAGAGGAUUCAUCUUGGGCAGUCGGAAUGGGAAUGUUCUGUGUACUUACACUGUAAAUGAAACAUACACAAAGAGUGUUAACCCAGUAAGUGUGGAGCUUAAUUCUAUGCUUUGUCCUGCACCUACACUGAAUAAAGUUGGAGAAACUCUUGAUGUUUCAGUGAGCUUUAAUGGCGGAAAAUCUGUCAUUUCGAGCUCAUUGAUAGUCACAGCCACAGAAUGUUCUAAUGGUAUUGCAGCCGUCAUUGCCAUUUUGGUGUUACUGCUACUACUGGGCAUUGGUUUGAUGUGGUGGUUUUGGCCCCUGUGCUGCAAAGUGGUUAUCAAGGAUCCUCCUCCUCCACCACCUCCUGCACCAAAAGUGGAGGAAGAGGAACCUCUACCCACCAAGAAAUGGCCCACAGUGGAUGCUUCCUAUUAUGGUGGCCGAGGGGUUGGAGGAAUUAAAAGAAUGGAGGUUCGUUGGGGUGAUAAAGGAUCUACCGAAGAAGGCGCGAGGCUAGAGAAAGCCAAAAAUGCUGUGGUGAGGAUUCCUGAAGAAGUGGAGGAACCUGUCAGGCCUAGACCGCCUCGUCCCAAACCCACAUACCAGCCUCCUCAGAACAAGUGGUACACACCGAUUAAGGGUCGUCUUGAUGCACUCUGGGCUUUGUUACGGCGGCAGUACGACCGGGUUUCCUUGAUGCGGCCUCAGGAAGGAGAUGAGGGCCGGUGCAUAAACUUCUCCCGAGUUCCGUCUCAGUAAAAGGAAAGCAGGAAGACCAAGAAGGUAUGAAGAUACAUCUUCACACUGCUGAUUUCCAACCACAUGAAAAAAAAAAAUAUGCAUUUCAGAAGUUUUUGGAAGAACAGCUUUAUUCCUCUCAGUCAGGAAAUGUUUUCUCUGCCUUCUGCUUUGCUUGCACCAAACAUUUUUAAAUACUUGUUCUGCCAUCUACAUGAGAGUUGAUGGAACCCAGUAGUAACUCAUGACUCAUGACAUUGAAAAUAAAGACUAAUGUUAAUCUACACACUAUGGUUUAUACAAGAAAGUGCGUUUGAAUGUGUAGAAGAGGAAAAAGCAGAAACGACAGCAUGAAGAUGAUGUCAAAAUAGGGACCACAGAACAACUCGCCGUGAUGGAUCCAUAACGGAGAGAGGAGUGUUUUAUAUGGAAACAUGGCGCUGGUGUUUUUACAGCACAAGAUUGUUAGCCACGGGCAGAGUAUGAAGUUUCUCACCAGGCGAAGCAAAUAAAGGAGUCCAUUGCCUUAUAGCUAUGUCGGAUCACAAAACCCUCCUAAGUCCCCUAUCACAAUGUGCCUUACGGGAAGCUUCUGACUGGAAAAUCUUGUCAUUCUAACACUGAAAAGUGCACACGCAUGACAAAAUGUAGACAGGAUGCCUCAAGGUGUUGGUAGCAAGCAAGAUUUUGCCCUUUAGUUUUUGAAGACACCUUUCUUUCAUUGUGCACCCGGGAAAAGAAGAAAAUUAAUAGAGCGUUAUUCCACAGGAAGACAGCUUCUAAGCAGAGAUCUUGAGUGGAGUUUAAGGGACUUGUGCUUCGAGAACUUAUCCCUGGGAUUGGUAGAUAUACCCUCUCUCUAUGU